AUGGCAAACCCGCAACAAGAAGUUGACCCGCCGGACUGGAGGGGACCAGAUGAUCCAGACUGCCCAUACAACUGGCCAUUGUGGAAGCGCAUCUACAGCACCAGCAUUCCGGCUUUUCUUUGCGUCAAUGUGUCUUUCGCCUCUUCCGUCUACACCUCUGGCGCCAACGACGUGUCAGAAAAGUUUGGCGUCUCACACACGGCAUCCCUCCUCGGUCUUUCCCUCUUUCUCUGGGCCCUAGGCCUCGGUGCCAUCAUAGCCGCACCCGUUAGCGAAUACUAUGGCCGCAGGAUCGUCUACCUCAGCACCGUUCCGGUCUUUGGACUCUUCAUCCUGGGCUCAGGACUGGCACAGAACUUUACGACACUGAUUGUCUGUCGCUUUUUCGCUGGCUUCUUUGGUAGUGCCGUCGUUUCCGUUGGUGGCGGAACCAACGCUGACCUAUGGCCACCUGCACUGGCGGGAUUCGUCUACCCUUUCUACUUUGUGUCUCCAUUUCUCGGACCGGCUUUUGGGCCUGUUAUUGGGGGCUUCUUGGCUGAGGAGAAGGACUUUCGGUGGCUUGAAUGGGUCGUCCUCUUCAUGGUAGCCUUCAACUACAUCUAUGCCCUUCCACAAUUCGAGACCUACAAAAAAACCAUCCUUCAGAGACGUAUACGUGCGGAGAAGCAGUCCGAUGCGCCUCAAGCCCACACGCCCAAGGUCGCCCUCCCCUCGAGCGCAAUCAUCCAACGUAUCGUUCUCAAACCUUUCAAGAUGCUCUUCGUCGAGUCGAUCGUGCUCUUUAUGACCAUCUACAUGGCCUUCAACUUCGCUGUCUUUUACAGCUUUUUCGCAGCGUUCCCCUACGUUUUUGGGGGCCAUUACGGCUUCACCCCGGGCCAGCAGGGUCUCACUUUCAUCUCUAUCGCGCUGGGCUGCGUCAUUGGCUUCCUAGCUGUAGUCUACAUUGAUCGCAAAACUUACCCAGCGCUGGAGGCAAAGUAUGGUGUCGGCGCAGUACCCCCAGAGUAUCGUCUCUACGGCGCCAUGGUCGGCUGCGCGCUUAACCCGGCCAGCCUGUUCUGGUUUGGAUGGACAGCCGACAAGGGUGUAUAUUGGCUCAGUCCAGUCAUUGCCUCUGUACCAUUUGCUGUGGGAAAUAUCAUGGUUUAUAGUAGCGGCGCGCUGUACAUCAUGAACUCUUAUGGUUCUUUGCACGGCGCGAGUGCUCUGAGUGCCAACAGCCUCCUGAGAUAUGCGGGCGGGGGUGCGUUUCCGCUGUUCACGGUGCAAAUGUUCUCCUCCAUGGGGAUUGGAUGGGCAAGUAGUCUGCUUGGUUUUGUCUCGGUCGUACUGGUGCCAGUCCCAUGGGUAUUGUAUAAGUACGGGAGCAGAAUCAGGGCACACAGUCAGUAUAUCACGAUCAAGGAGCCGGUAUCCGGCAACCAGACUUCGUUUGAGGAGAUGACGAGCGAGGACACGGAGAGUUAG